AGGGGGCGGGGAUGGAGGUAGAGACCCAGAGACCAGUGAGGAGUCCAGAAAAGUUGAGAAGAGUGAAGUCUGAGGCCUGAAAUCUUUUCAAACUGCUGGUCACUAGGCAGAGGGAAGAGAGGUGGGGUAGGGGAUCAGAAAUUGAUAGGGAAACAUAGUGCUUGAAAGGAAUGAUUCCAGUUCUGAGAAGGAGAAGGGCUCUUGGGUUCAUCUAUUUAUUGAGCAACUGCUCUGGAUCGGGUACUGUUCAGGGUUCUGGGGACACAGCUGUGAACAUUCAAAAGGAGAAAACAGAUAACUAACAAUGACAUAUACUGUACUUCAUGUGGUGAUAACUGCUUUAGAAACCAAUAAUAUGGAGAAGAGAAGAUUGUGGUGGGGAGGAAAGAGGAGGUUUACUAUUUUAAAGAGAGUGUGUUAGGGAGACUUGUCUGAUAACAUCUUUGUGAAGAAAUCUAAGGAAAAUGGGAGAGUGAGCCCUGUGGUUAUCUGGGGGGAAGCAUUCGAGAUAGGAGACAUAUUCAGUUUGAGAUGCCUGUUGUACAUUCAAGUAAAGAUGUUGAACUGAGAUCUGGCAACACCGGCUGGAGGUUUAUAGAAGUCUGGAGUGGUGUACUUAAAACCAUGAAAUUGGAUGAGAUCACCCUGGGAGUAAGCAUAAAAGAAAGAGAGAAGUUUCUAUAGGAAUUUCCAAGUCUUGAGGCAUUACAAUUUUAAAAGAUCAGGAAGACAGGAAUGAUGAGCGAGAAAGACCAAGAACUAACAGCCAAUGAGGCAAAGGAGUUCAGAAUCUGGAGCCUUCACAGUCAGUCUCUGGGGAGAGACUGGAUUGUUCUGAGCCCAGUACAAGGGGUGAACGUGCCAACACCGGCCGUGGAUGACCAUUAGAAAGAGGCCUCUGAUAGGAGACAGAUCAAGGAUUGGCUUGAAUUUGCUGAAGUCUCCCUCUGCUCCCCACAAAGCUAAUUCUAACUGGGAUUUGAACAUAUGACCCAGAGAAGUCGACAGUGUGGGGAGUUGGAGUGACCCGGCUGGAUGUGACCCCCAGGACAGAAUGGUGCUGGACUCAGGGGCUCAGGUGUAUGAACAGGCACCCCCCAGCCCACCAGCCAGUCCCUCAUCCUUGGGCCAUAGACUGAAGCCCUCAGACCGAGAUGGGACACUGCUGUACCCCUGGCCUCAGUCCCUGGCCUUGCCCCUGGCUCUGUCAAUCCCCUCAGCCCUGCGGCCCCGGCCUGAGCUGCAGCCCUACUCAGAGCUGCACUUGGGCCUCCGUGGCCACAUGCGUCGCAGUGAGAGCACCUAUACUGUAAAUAGUACUGGCCGGCGGGGGGGUGGCACCCAGGGUCGGGCCCCACCUGGACGGGGACGGGACCCAGGUGGGGGAACCCUGCGGCCUGCAGCCUCCCUGCCUCACAUUGCUAAGACUCGAAAGGAUGCAGGCCGUGGUGCCAGCAAGAGCCCUUGCAUGUUGGUGGCCUUGAGGCCAACCAAUAUGGACCGAGAGCGGGACAAGUUCUUCCAGUCCCACUACACCUACAACCCACAGUUCGAGUACCAGGAGCCCAUGCCCACGGCUGUGCUGGAGAAGUACUGUGAGGCUUCUGGACAGUUCAUCCAUCAGGCAGUUGGCAUCAUUGAGGCUGUCCUGGAGAAGUUUGGUACCUAUGAACACUUCGAAGCUGCAACGGGGGGCCAGCUGCUGACCAAGUGCCAGAUCUGGUCCAUUGUUCGCAAAUACAUGCAGAAGGAGGGCUGCGUUGGGGAGGUUGUGGUGCAGCUGAGUGAAGACCUGCUGUCCCAGGCAGUGAUGAUGGUGGAGAAUAGCCGACCAACACUGGCCAUCAACCUGACGGGAGCCCGCCAGUACUGGCUGGAGGGCAUGCUGCGGCACGAGAUAGGCACUCACUACCUGCGGGGCGUGAACAACGCGCGGCAGCCGUGGCACAGCGCCGAGGGCCGGCUGCAGUACGGACUGCGGCCAGCGAACCCCACGGAGGAGGGCUUGGCCAGCCUGCACAGCGUGUUGUUCCGCAAGCAGCCCUUCCUGUGGCGCGCCGCCCUGCUGUACUACACCAUCCACCGCGCCUCGCGCAUGUCCUUCCGCCAGCUCUUCCAGGACCUGGCGCGCUACGUGCAGGACGCUGACGUGCGCUGGGAAUACUGCGUGCGCGCCAAGCGCGGCCAGACUGACACCUCGCUGCCCGGCUGCUUCAGCAAGGAUCAGGUGUACCUGGACGGCAUCGUGCGCAUUCUGCGGCACCGCCAGACCAUCGAUUUCCCGCUGCUGACCUCACUGGGCAAGGUGUCCUAUGAGGAUGUAGACCACCUGCGACCCCAUGGGGUGCUGGACAAUACCCGGGUGCCCCACUUCAUGCAAGACUUGGCACGCUACCGGCAACAGCUGGAGCACAUCAUGGCCACUAACCGGCUGGAUGAGGCAGAACUGGGCCGCCUGCUGCCUGACUGAGGCCGGCUGAGGGUUACAGCUGGAGGCCGUGGACAGAGGGCUCCAGAUCAGCUCUCAGAACAUGAGGAUGACUGUUCUGUGCUUCCAUGGCCUGGGUGUUUCUUGGCGAACUGGGAGGGCAGGAGCAUCCCAGGAGGUAGGAGUGGCAACAUCAGAGCCUUUGUGUCCUUCACUAGCCUCUCUGGGGCCUAGGGACUGGUAGUAGCAUGUCAAGCAAACUGAGUCUGCCCUCCUACGUCCAGCUCUCUGUUGAGCAGAGGGGAAGCCUGGGGGCAGGAGGGAGGCUGAGCAUGAUGGGGAUGGGGGGUGGUUUGGGAGUAGAAACUUGUUCUUGCAUGAGAUGGCUUUGGGUGUCUGCAUACUCCAGUGUCUCCCUUCCCCCACCUGGCCCCUCGGUGCUCCUUCAGCUUUCACGCUUUCUACCUCUCACUGGGUCCUGGUGGGGAUCUCCCUUCUCCUAGGGUGACGGCCUGAGCAUGAGGGUCUGGCUUUCACACAGGCUCAAGGGCCAGGGGUCCUGGUGGUAGAGACCCAGCUGGGCUGGGGUGUGCUUUCUGGCAUUUUGCCUCUCCCACUGCUCAUGUAUUUAUACCCUAUUUAUGUGCUCUGCUUCCUGGGGCUGGGAGGCAGCAGCUUCUGAAGGUGUGGUGGAGGGAACAGUGCUCCUCUGGAAGGCACCAACUGUUCCUAGCCCCACUCUCCUGUCUCUCUGUCUCUCUCUCUCUCACACACACACACACACACACACAGUCCUUUAGGCCUUGUGAGUCAAGUCCAAGAGCUCACUUGGCCUUGCCCCCAGCUCCCAGCCCCUCCAUUGGCCUGUGCUGUUCCUGUGUCUUUGCCCACACCCUCACAGCUGGCCUCUGGCCGAGGGUGGCAUAGGCUGGCAACAGCCACAUUUGAGACUGAGGGGCAGGCCCCUAGCUGUUGUCCCGUCUUGAGCCACCCCUCCCCCAGAUCAAGAUGGUGUAGAGGUGGUUGUUGCUUCUGGUUUCACCUCAGACUCAGCUGUGUGAUGCUGACGCAUUCCCACUCUCACCCUUGCCCUUGAUUUUCUCAUCUGUAAAACUCAGAAAUGCAACUGGAAAGUCCUUAUUCAUCUAGUCAGUGAAUGUGUGUAGAGCACCUUCUGUGUGCCAGUUACUGGUCAGAACCCUCCCUGAGUCCCCAGUCCAGAGAGAAGCCAGACAAUUAAAACAAUUACAAUGAA